AAAGAAGCAUUAAUAUUGGUAACUGUCCAUGAAUGUUGGAACAAGCAGGUAAAAUAUUUCUUUCUUUUUUUACCAGUUUCUUUCCACAUUCAUUCUUCUUCCUCAGAUCCAAGUUUUACCACCGCCAUCCCCAAAAUCCCAACAUCACACAAAGCCCCACACUUCAAUAGAUCUCUCACUGUCUCAUUCAGAAUGAGGUGAGAGCUGAUUCAGCUGGUGCUACUUCAAUUGGUUGCUUGCAAUUGUCUCCUCUAUACCUAAAUUCCUAACUCCAUCUGCUUUGUAUCCAAUUGUAUGCCCCACAUUCCAUCAUCUUUUCUACUGAUAGAAAGCGACAUAACCCUUUCCUCUUUUAAUUAGAUCUUGGGUUUGAUUCAUAAUCAAUACCCAUGUCAUAAAAAUCCAAUCUUUAUCACCAAUUCUGGAAUGUUUGGUGAUUUCCGUGUCUUCUGUUCAAGAAAUUGUGGUUGAAAUGGGUUUAAUUUCCGAAUGGGGGUUGUCUAGGAGGUGAAAUUUGAUAUCUUUUGGGGAAUUUUGAUCUGGGUUUUCUUUAUGAUUUCGAUCUAAUCUUGAAAUUGAUAUACCACAUUUGAUUGGUAAUGGGGUUAGAAGAAGGUAAAGAUUCAUCUAUUAAACUUACACAAUCUAGGGUUUUGCCAUUAAGAUUACUGCAAUUCUUUGUAGUUUUUAUGAUUUUAGGUGUUGGGUUUUCAAUUCUAAGUAUGAAUAUGUCAGGACAAUUUGGAAUUCAGAAUGUAGUUUACAACAGUAGAUUUCAGUGUGAGGAAGAGUCACCGAAUCUUGACCGGUGGAUUAAACCUCCGUCGAAGCUGAUGCAUAGAAUGAGUGAUGAAGAGUUGUUCUGGAGAGCUUCAUUUGUUCCUAGAGUGAAGGAAUUUCCAUUUAAGAGAGUUCCUAAGAUUGCUUUUAUGUUCUUGACAAGAGGUCCUUUGCCAUUAUCACCUCUGUGGGAGAAGUUUUUGAAAGGUCAUGAAGGGCUUUAUUCGAUAUUUAUUCAUUCGUUGCCGUCUUAUCGGGAUGAUUUCCGGCUUGAUUCACCGUUUUAUGGAAGGCAAAUACCUAGCAAGCUUACGGAAUGGGGUACGAUAAGCUUAUGUGAUGCUGAAAGACGUCUUCUCGCAAAUGCAUUACUUGACAUGUCCAACGAAAGAUUUGUCCUUGUAUCUGAAUCGUGCAUUCCUAUCCACAACUUCACCAUCGUAUACCAGUACUUGAUGGAAUCAAAAUACAGCUUUAUACAAAUAGUUGAUGAUCCAGGUCAAUACGGAAGAGGACGUUACAAUGCGAGUAUGGCACCUGAUAUUACUCUAGACCAGUGGCGUAAAGGAUCUCAGUGGUUUGAAGUUAACCGUCAACUUGCAAUCAACAUAGUUGAAGAUGUUACAUUCUACCCUUUGUUCAAUGAGUUCUGUAAACCAGACUGUUACGUCGAUGAACACUAUUUCCCAACUAUGCUGCAAGUUCAAGUGCCACAUCUCCUGGCAAAUAGGUCAGUUACUUGGGUUGACUGGUCUAGGGGCGGGGCUCAUCCAGCUCGAUUUGGACAAUCUGACAUUACAGAAGACUUCUUAAAGAGAAUGCUAGACAGUAGCUGCUUUUACAAUGACCAACCAUCAAAUGUCUGUCAACUUUUCGCGAGGAAAUUUGCUCCUAAUGCUUUGGAACCUUUGUUAAAGCUAGCGCCGAAGAUUCUUGGGUUUUGAUUAAAACCAUUGAACAGACGGACUACUUUUGAACUGCAGCAGUUCUCAAGACUAAUACGCUGAUUUACAACCGACUUUGACAGGUUUCGAAUUCGACCCUUUUGAUUCAAAAAACACUCUCAUUUUUGAUUGCCAUUCUUCUUAUACUUCAUUGAUUAGAUUCAUUAGUUUCUAGAAUUACUGUCUAAGCAUUUUCGAGGGAAUUAUACAGAAGAAGAAAGACUAGCACAGGAGCUGCUAGACCACCAUUCUUGUAUCAGAGUUUAUAACUUCAAUUACAAUCUGAGUUUAUCAAUAAUCUAUAAUAUUUGCAUUCUAAUUA